UAAACAGACUAGCAGCUAGUAUCAUAUCGAGGGAGAGAUCGAGGUAGCCCAUCAGAUAUAUGUACUCCAGGGAUAGAUAGAUAGAUAUGUAGCUAGUUGCUCCAAUCGAUCGAUCGAUCGUAUUCAGAGGGACAGAUUGAAGAGAGAGCUAGCAAGCAAUUUUAAGCUAUAGGAGGGAUUGGGAGGGAGAGAUCAUGAGAAGCUAGCUAGCUAGCUGUAUCGAUCUAGAUAUAUAUUAUAUAUAUUUUCAUGCAUAUAUGUAUACCUCUCCGGCCUAUAUAGCUCAGCUCCCUUCUCGAUCGUAUAUAUGGAAUUAUAUCCAUCGAUAUAUAUAUAAAUAUAUAUAAUACUAGUUAAGAGCAAAUACUAGCUAGUAGCAUAUAUCGAUCAAUAAUCGAAGAAAUAUAGCAUGGAAGGUACAAGUAAUCAUCGCAAGGAGGAGGAGGAGGAGGAGGAGGGCGUGGCCUUGAUGCAGCUGGUAGGAAAAGAUGAUCGACCUCACCAAGACGACGACGACGACGGGUGCAAGCAGCAGGAGGAGGAAGAUCAGCUGGAGGUAUAUAAUAAUUGGUUCGUCUCAAGGUGGAGGAGCGGCGGCGGAUGGGUGAAGCGCAUGCGGCCGCCGGAGCGCGUGGGGUUCGUCAUCGGCGGUUUCGUCCUCGGCCUGGCCUUGCUCCUCGCCGUGGCCACCACCUCCUCCUCCUCGCUUCUCGAUCUCACCGCCGUCUUUGGCAAUGGCGGGAACGGGCGGCACACUGAUCCUCCUCACCGAAUCACCUCACGCCGCCUGCCCAUCCCCCUCAACUGCACCAACGACACCAGGACAUGCCCCCGCUAUGCGUCGUCCUCCCCGGCGCCGGCGCCGUCAAUGCCGUCGCCGCCACCGGUGGAGUGCCCGUCCUACUUCCGGUACAUCGAGCGCGACCUGGAGCCGUGGGUGGCGUCGGGCAUCACGCGGGAGGCGGUGGAGCGCGGGCAGCGGCAGGCGCACUUCCGGCUGGUGGUGGUCGGCGGGCGCGCCUACGUGGAGACGUACCGGCCGGCGUUCCAGACGCGGGACGUGUUCACCCAGUGGGGGAUCCUGCAGCUGCUCCGCCGCUACCCUGGCCGCGUCCCCGACCUGGACCUCAUGUUCAGCUGCGAGGACAUGCCCGAGGUGCGCGCCGCCGCCUACCCGGACCGGGCCGCCGCGCCGCCGCUGUUCCGCUACUGCAAGGACCCCUCCACGCUGGACGUCCUCUUCCCCGACUGGUCAUUCUGGGGGUGGCCCGAGGUGAACAUCCGGCCAUGGGCGCCGCUGCUCGCCGAGAUGGAUGAGGAGAACGCGCGGCUGCCGUGGCCGGACAGGGAGCCGUACGCCUACUGGAAGGGGAACCCGUACGUAUCGCCGCUGCGGCAGCGCCUCCUCCGCUGCAACGACUCGCGCACGGCGAGGCUCUACACCCAGGACUGGGGCUUCGCCAACCGCAAUGGCUUCCGCAACUCCAACCUGGCGCGCCAGUGCCGCCACCGCUACAAGAUCUACGUGCAGGGACGCUCAUGGUCGGUGAGCCGCAAGUACAUCCUCGCCUGCGACUCGCCGGUGCUCGCCGUCGCCACGCCGUACCAGGACUUCUUCUCGCGUGGCCUCGCCGCCGGCACGCACUACUGGCCCAUCCACCCGGACAAGCUGUGCCGCGACGUGCGCUUCGCCGUGGGCUGGGGCAACGCGCACACGGCGCAGGCGCAGCGCAUGGGGCUCGCCGGCAGCGCCUUCACCCGCGACGACAUGGCCAUGGAGUACGUGUACGACUACAUGCUGCACGUGCUGAGGCGGUACGCGUCGCUGCUCCGGUACAAGCCCACCGUGCCGGAGCGCGCCGUCGAGCUGUGCCCGGAGUCCAUGGCGUGCCCCGCGCAGGGACGCAACCGCGACUUCAUGAUGCAGUCCAGGGAGCAGUACGUGGCCGACUACGAGCCCUGCAGGAUGCCGCCGCCGCUCACCGCCGACGAGGCCAGCAAGAUGGCACAGAGAGACGGCGAGGUACUCAGCAGAAUCGACAAGAUGAUGGGCAAGCAACCAUAAUUAUUUACUAGUAAUAACACCGAUCGAUUACACGUAGGCCAACACGCACUAUAUAAUUCUGUGUUGUAAGCAUGAUUUAAUCAAUUAUUAAUUCCUUUA